CAGCUUAACGCCGCUUGUACCGUCUGGCGUCAGCAUCUGGUGCUUCGACUCCAUACCUUGCCAUUUGACUUGUGAAGAAAAACGAUGAACCUCGCUGCAAGAGUUCCACAGAUUUUGUCCUCGUCGAGAAGACAGAUAGGCUCUCGGUUUGCGAGCAGCAGCAAGAGCAGGACGAACACAAGCUUGAAGUCGCGGACGUAUCACUCUGAGUCAUCUACAACCUCGUUCAGGACAGCAUCCACUCCCUCAGGUCUCCUCAGGAGUGUUGCUUGCGCACAACAUGAUGUAUUGGGUUUCCAGAGACGGAGUAUACACGUUAGUGCAGUCAGGCAGCACGGAUCCUUGACGAGGCCUGCGCCAGGCACUGGAAUCAAAGUGCACUGGAAAGAUUCAAAGGGAAACCUCAUCAAAACGACGGAGGCGAACGAGGGAGAUGAUUUGUUAAGCAUAGCGCACGAGCACGACAUCGAUCUUGAGGGUGCAUGCGAAGGCUCAGUCGCAUGCUCGACCUGUCAUGUAAUUCUCGAGCCGGAACGUUACGAUAUGCUUCCAGAACCUGAGGAUGAUGAAAACGAUAUGCUCGACAUGGCAUUCGGCCUUACAGACACAUCGCGCCUGGGAUGUCAGGUGAAGCUCACAAAGGAGCUCGACGGCAUGACUGCGACGCUGCCGAGCGCGACGCGGAAUAUGUUUGUUGAUGGCAAGAAGUCAGCACAUUAGCAUGUCACACGACGAACUGUUAUGUUACGAUCUACGAUCUACUAUUUGUGCGCUAUUGCGCAUAGUUAUGGCUCGUCGCAGAACGUCAUCCCUAC